AUGUUCAGAAUCCGAGGUGCAGGAUCAGGGCGCAUGCAUCCUUCGAAGACCCUCUGUGUCGGUAGCAUGCCUCUCAACAGGCCAGGCAUCGGAGCCGCAAGACUGGAGAAUGUAGAUAUCCGAGAUAACAAACAUAUGAGAAGUAUCAUCAAUACCGAUGAGAUAUGCAAUCGCCGAGGUUGGGGUUUUGAAGGGGUUUUGCUCAAAACGAUGGAUGAAGGAUCGUGGCUUGUAUCUAAUUCGUCAUUACACACAGCAUCUCAACCUGCGAGGCACUGGAUAUGUUGCCCCACUGUAGUAGAAUUGCCUAAAUGGUUACUACUGCCUUGCUAUGCAUCAUGUCGGCUAGCAAGUACCGUUCAAAUCAUCUCCAGGCCUCCGGAGCAAGCGGGAAUCGCGACUCAAUCUGACCUGGCUGCCAAUCUGAAGCUUGAACAGCCGUAUGUUGGUCGGCCAAGACGGCUCAAGUGCGUCUACGCCGCAACAAACAAGCCACUUUUUGACUGGAUUCUACCCCUGAUCGUGGGGUUGCAUCUGGCUCGCGAAGUCUUUGCCUGUGUGUCUGUAAUUGACAGAUUGGAUGCGGGCAGUGCAUGCAUCUCUAACAAAUCAGCAAAAAGCUCAGGGCAGUUGAGCAUUUCCGCGUACAGCACCUCCGUCAUCUCGACACAAGCCUGCAUAUUGGGGAAUGAAAUUGAGAAUGGGAUGGUUGGUGCCUCCCAAACCCCGCUCCUGGACCCCGAUGACGAAAUUCCCAAUUUUCAGAUAAUUGUGUUAGCCUGA